AUGGGAAGUGAGGUGGAGAGAGGAGGGCCGAUGAUGGUGGUGAUGGCUUCGGUGGAAGGAGAAGAGGAAGACAAAAAGAAAAAUGGUGAUGAAAUCUGUCGUUUGGCGCAGCGGACGGUGUCGUUUCAUAGAAGGCAACUGGCGAUCGCCGGCGGCUUCGAGCCGCCGCUAUUUCAGCGAGGACAAAGGCCGCAUACUCAGCGAAAAGAGCGUGCUAUGGAAACAGUUUACAUACAGAAAAUGGAGAGAGAGAGGAUGGAGAAGCUGAAAAAGAAGAAGGCAGCGGAGCAAGAAAAAACUGACAAGGCCAAAUCUAACCAGAAGGGUGAAGAUGAAGAUGCUAAUAAGAUUUGAAGUACGUGGCUUGUCUACAACACUAAGACACUAAAAAAGUUAACCCGACUGUGCAACGUAACUCUGGUUUAGGCUUUGAUCUUAUUGUAUAGAGGUAUGUGGUUUUUUGUUCUACUAUAUAUAAAGUACGUAGUAGCCCUUUGUAAAUCCAAAUUCACUUUCUUUAAGCUAUCGUUCGU